AUGAUUACGUGGAACGAUAACGAUGGAGCUAUAUUUUGUAAAUAUAAGCGGAAAUCCAAGAGUAAAACAUUUAAUAGUAUAGGUUUUUAUUAUAAGAUGGAAGGUUCGAUGGUUGGCAAUGAUAAUGGCGCUCCAUUGUUAAAGAAAUGUUCGGAAUGCAGUAAGAAUAUUGCCAGAAACAAAGAGGAAGAUAACUGUUUAAUACACUAUAAGGAAAUGAAUGAAUUAAAAAGAAUGGGAAUGGAAGAGUUAGAAGAGGUGAACUUUUUGAUAUGCUUUGGGGUUAUUAUCGAAAUUAACAAGUAUGUUGUCGAGUUAGAAAAUUUUAGAAACGAGAUGAGUAAUAGGGAAAAAAUAGAUUUCAACAAUUAUACGUUGCUCAAGUUUUUAUAUCAAAUAAUUGCGGAAAAGAAUCUGCGAGUUGAAUUUAUUUGCGACGUAUUGGAGGAGACGUCAGCGUUCAACGUUAAGAUUGAAGCAAUGAAGAAAGAUUUAAUAGAUAACGCGUCGACAAUGUCAGAUAUUAGUAUAUUAUGGAAUAAUUUACUAGUUGAUGAAUUUAAUUUACGUUGGAAGAAUUUUGUUAUAGAGGAGAAUUUAUUAUACGAGAUCACGCGUGGACUUAUUAACGUGAAGAUUUGGAAAAACAAACAAUACAAGAAAUCUGAUUCGAAAUGUGAUUUAUAUUUGUCAUAUAUUUAUGAAAGAAUUUGGAAAUUGAGAUGUGAAGAGGUAGUUAGAUUUGAGAAGUCUCAAGGUAUGGGUAAAAUAGAUAAAUGA